AUGCAUCUUCGUCUCCCUUGCCACUCCUCUCUGGUCUCUGCUUCUCUCUCCUCCUCCUCCUCCCCCACCGGGUGGCCACAGCCCACAGCAAUUUACAAGCAGCAGCAGAGGAAGAAGAGGAACCAGCGCUUCCGGGCGAAGAACAGCGUCACGGUCUCGUCUCACGGAGGAGGCGACAAGAAGGGUUCGGCUGCCAGUGUACGUUUUAACCAAGAAGAUCGAGUUCCUCUUUCAUAUGUUUGCGGCUCCAUGAAUUUCGAUUUUCUGUCUACCUGCGCACCUCUUGAUCUGGUUCAGAUGAGCAUCAUGGCGUGGUAUCCGUUGCCGCAGAGCGGGGGCACACCGUCGGUUCCAGGCGACGAGUUCUUCGACGACCAGCUGUGGAGCUUCGGAUCAUCAGCUGACGACGAUCAUGACAACCACGGCGCUGGCGGCGCGCGUGCGGAGAAGCACGGCAACGACGACGACGUGGGGAGUUCAGACCAACACACCGAGGGCCUCCCGGCCGUGCCGCAGCAGCGCACGCAACCAACAGACGACAUCUUCAUGAGCCAGUUCUCGGACGAGGAGAUGAGGAGGAUGGAUGCGCCGUUCGAGGCGCUGGACAUGUUCCCGGGCUCCAUGCACCGCCUGCUGUCCUACGAGAACAUGUUGAGCGGGGUGCUCACCGGCUCAUCAUCAGAGGACCGGCAGGACGCCACGCUGGGCCUGGGGGUGGACACCAUGGACACCUGCGGCUUCCCUCUCUUCAGCCACGACCUGAUGCAGAACGCGCCGACGGAGCUAGUGCUGCCCGAUCUUGUCACGCCCAAGGAUCAUCAUCAGGAUGGGGCGAGUUUUACGACAAAAAGGAGCAGAUCCGUCGCCGCCGAUGAAGGGAGCGUGUUCUUCGAAGCGCUGGUGCUCCAGGAGCUCGAGGAUGUGGUGUUCCAGCUGACGAAGAGGACGCGGGUGUGCCUCCGGGACGCCUUCUUCAGGCUGGCUGAGAGUUCGAGAGCCAAGUGCAGCGCUGCAAACGGGGCGCCUUCUUCUGAAACUGGUGUCCACCAAGCAGCAGACGGCAAUGCGUCCAGGAUCUCAACGCCAGGCUGCCCGGAACGGGAGACGAACGCCAUCGACAGGACGGUGGCGGACCUCACCAUGAAGCCGCCGCGCCCCGUCCCUCUUGAGGUCCUUGUCAGCCGCUGCCCCGACGACGACUCAGGGGCGGAGGCGCAGUCCGCAACCAGCUGGACGACGACGGCGUAG